AUGCUUGGUUUUUCUAACGCUGGAAUACCUGAUAAAUCAUGGCAGCCGCCUGUUGCUGUGUUAGAAACAACUAUGGGCCCGGUGGUUGUGGAGAUGUACUGGAAACACGCACCAAUAACAUGUCGAAAUUUUAUGGAAUUGGUUCGCCGCGGUUACUACAACAAUACCAAAUUCCACAGAGUCAUAAGGGAUUUUAUGAUACAAGGAGGUGAUCCUACUGGUACGGGGAAGGGUGGCCAAUCUAUAUAUGGACCGACGUUUGAUGAUGAAAUUGCAUCAGACUUGAAGCACACUGGAGCCGGAGUGUUAUCUAUGGCAAAUGCUGGACCCGACUCUAAUGGGUCUCAGUUCUUUAUCACGUUAGCUCCUACGCAGUGGCUUGAUGGAAAGCACGCAAUCUUUGGUAGAGUCCAGUCUGGGAUGGCUGUAGUGAAGAGAAUAGGUUUAGUUGAGUGUGACAAAAAUGAUUGCCCAGUUGAUGAUGUCAAAAUAGAUAAGGCAUACAUCCCGAAAUAG